AUGAUCCAAUCACUCAAAGAUCCACACCAAGCAUCCAGUCAUGUUUUUUCACUUUGCUUUGAGGAAUCGACAAUCUUGUUCGUUCUCGUACUAUUGGAAGCCACAGGAAGAUUGUCGACACAAGCCUUAAGACGCAAUUGGACGUUCAGCUUAAUUUCGGUCGUGGUCUUGGCGGCUUUACUGAUUCCGCUUUGCAUUUGCUUGUUGAUUACUUUCAGAAUAUCGAGUGCAACGCCAUUACAACGAGUACUAUUCGCAAUUCCUGCAUUUGCGAUAUGGUCAAUAAUCUUUGUCAAUGUUCCUUUACCGGCCGCUUUGGCACACACGACUGGCCUGUUGGACGCAGCACUGGCACGAAUGGCUUUGUUGGGUGUCAUUCUGAUCGGUAUACUCUCUGGCUCAGCUGCUGCAAGCUCUGCUUACGAUACGUAUGAGGCAUUCUUUGCGAAACGCAAACCAAGACCUGUUACGGCAUCAGAAGUGCAAGGUGCAGAGAGUUCAUUCACGAGAACAUGCGCAGAUUUAGCAGCUAGAAGGCGACAAUUGGAACAGGUACGUGAUGCACCGGCAAAUCCAAACGAUCAGACUGGCUUGUUGGGCAGAAUGUGGGGCUCAUCACAGAGGAGCAAAGAGAUCAAAUCAUUGUCACAGGAGAUAUUCGGAUUAGAGACGCUGGCAGGUGCAAUGCGAGAUGACUUGGAUAAGUUGAGAACAAGACAUAGGGAUGGAAAGUGGGCCAAAACCAUUCAAGGCAAAAUACUUCUGGGAGCCGGACAUCUAUUUUCGGUUUAUUGUGUUUGGAGAGUCUUGCUGGCCGCUUUAAGUUUAGCUAUUUUGGGUUACAAAGAACAAGCACCACCAGAUUUUGUCUCCUUGAGCUUGGCAUAUUUGGUCAAAUAUGUGAAUGUCAAUAUCGAUCUCGCUGCAUGGACAAGAUUAUUUGGAUUAUUGUUCGUUGGUGCUUUGAUCGUGAUUCGCAUGCGAUUUGUCUUGGCCAAUCUAUCGACAUUCUUCCGCGCAGCUUCAACAGGAAUCAGUACGAGUUUCUUGGUCCUUUUCCUUGCAGAGGUUUUGACGAUCUAUCUGUUAGCAACUUUGAUUCAAUUACGUGUCUCACUUCCAUCCAAGUAUUCCGAUGCAUCUAGACCCUUACUGGCUACGCUUCCAAGUUUCAAUGUCGUCUUUGGAUCUGCUUUUGACGGUACAUUUUUAAUCAGUGCAAUCGCAACGGGAGCUUGGAGAUGGUAUUCGUCAAUGGAUGAUCUGGAACAUUCGAAUUGGUAA